GGGAACAGUGCCGGGAAAUACAGCAGUGGAACUGCACCGGCUCUGAUGCUUGUGCUGACUUCAGUGUGUUGAAACCAUGUUAAUGUGUAUUUCCUCUCGUCUCUCUCAUAUCUGAGUAUACCUCAGCUGCACGUUCAGCCAGGAAAGCUCGUUCUGUAUCUUUUUUCUUUUUGGAAAGAAACAACUAUAAGCUGUGCUGGGACAGGGCAGUACUGAGGCGUUCGGUUUUUUUCUGCAAUGUAUUUUGAGUGUGGGAUAAGCCAAAGUGCAGAUUGUUAAGAUUUUUUUUUUUGUCUGACCCCGUUUUCUGUUUCCACUCCUCGUUUGGGAGGCGGCACAUCUCUUUUCAAGGGACGCUGCCCCUAGUCUUUGACAAUGAAGUUCAACUUGUUCAGAAAACCACAGGCGGUGGCGGCCGCCGAGCCCACCAGCAUCACCACCAUGAGCAUGGCCCCCACCCCGGCCGCCAUCUCCACCUCCGUGCCGGACACCUCCGGCUCCAACAACACGGAGAUCAGCAAGAACGACAUGUUUGAGGAGAUCAAGAGCAAGUUCUUGAAUGAAAUUGACAAAAUCCCAUUGCCUCCGUGGGCUCUGAUUGCCAUCGCUGUGGUGGCCGCGCUGCUCAUCCUCACCUGCUGCUUCUGCAUAAUCAAAAAAUGCUGCUGCAAGAAGAAGAAGAACAAGAAGGGAAAGAAGGGCAAGGACGGCUUCAACAUGAAGAACAUGCAGGGCGGCGAGAAACACCAGGACGACGACGACGACGAGGGAGAGACCGGACUGACGGAGGAGGAGAAGGAGGAAGAGGAGAAAGAACAAGAGAAACUGGGGAAGCUGCAGUACUCUAUAGAUUAUGACUUUGAGAACACGAAGCUCACGGUCGGGAUCCUUCAGGCUGCAGAUCUCAUGUCCAUGGACUCAGGUGGAACCUCCGAUCCUUACGUCAAAGUCCUGCUCCUGCCUGACAAGAAGAAGAAGUAUGACACCAAAGUGCACAAGAAAACACUGAACCCCGUCUUUAAUGAGACCUUUGUUUUCAAGCAGCUACCCUAUGAGGAGCUGGGGGGCAAGACCCUGGUGAUGUCGGUUUACGACUACGACCGGUUUUCCAAACAUGACGUCAUUGGAGAGGUGAAGAUCCCCAUGAACACCAUCGACCUCGGGCGGCCGAUCGAGGAGUGGCGGGAUCUGGAGAGCGCCGAUCAGGAGGAGCCCGAGAAACUCGGCGACAUCUGCAUCUCCCUCCGUUACGUCCCCACCGCCGGGAAACUCACCGUCUGCAUCCUGGAGGCAAAGAACCUGAAGAAGAUGGACGCCUGCGGCCUAUCUGAUCCUUACGUCAAGAUCCAGCUGCUGCAGGGGGGUAAGCGUCUGAAGAAGAAGAAGACCACAGUGAAGAAGAACACUCUGAACCCGUACUACAAUGAAUCUUUCAGCUUUGAAAUCCCCCUGGAACAGAUGCAGAAAAUCUUGGUGGCAGUCACAGUGUUUGAUUAUGACAAGAUAGGUAAGAAUGACGCCAUCGGAAAGAUUUUCGUGGGCAGCAAGGCCACCGGCUUAGGUCUGAAGCACUGGUCCGACAUGCUGGCUAACCCACGCCGCCCCAUUGCCCAGUGGCAUCCAUUGCAGCCGGAGGAGGAUAUCGACGGUCAGCUGGCAUCCCUGAAUGCAAAGAAGUAACGUGCUCCACCAACCAGCUAAUGCACAACUCAGAACCCCAACCCCCUACUUUGCAUGAAUCCCAUGACUUAAUACGUGACGGCUCGUCAUGAAUCCUGCUCAGCAAAAAAGAGACAUCUUAGAAAUAUCUGCUCAUUCAUGGUUAAGUGGAGAGAAACUCUUUUUAAGCAUCACAUUUCACACGGUGUAUGCUGAGAAGGGUGGCGCUGCGUUGUCGGGUGACUGGCUCGCGAAUGUUGAACUUUUGGUCUUUCUUUCAUUCGAAGAAACUUAGAAACUGAUUCUUAGGGUGCUGACACUGAAUGGGAGUCUCGGAGAAGACAAUGCUGGAUAAAAAGCUUUAGUUUAGUUUAGAGAGCAUGCUUUACUUACCUCCCCACUGCUCUGCGUUCACCAUGCCCAGUAUUGUAUCUUGCUACUAAGUGUGCUAUAACUUGCAAUAGAGAGUACUGUAGUAAUAAUAAUUGGGUUAUUUCCUACAUAAAGUCAGUUUAAGUCUAUUAAUGCGUACAGAUCAUUGAGAAUGAAUCAGGUUGAGGUCAGCGAAUGCAGACGUCCAUGCUGCCGCAUGUUUGUCUUCAUUUGAAAAGCUCACGCUUGAGGAGGAGAUUCAAACCUACCUUCAGAAAGCAGUGUAGCCGGGGUGAAGCUGCCGCUCGUUGCCAUAAAGGUUCAUCUAUGCAUUUAGGUUCAACAAACAUGUUCUGUUUCUCCAGUCAAGUGCAAUGUAGGACAGGAAAACAAGGGUGCCUUCCUGACACGACACUUCGAGAAAGGUCUGGUACCAUUCGUAGGAUGUCAGGGACAUUGUGAAUGUGCCAUCUGAAAUCUGGCUCGAGCUGCGCUGGUCAGCCGGGUGUAAAACGACACCCUUCCAUGGAGGAAGAGAAGCAGGCUUUCAGUUCAGUGAUGCUCAAAUCGGUUAUGCUUCUUUUAAAUUAUGCUGUUGCUUCAGAAAAAAACAAAAACAAAACAAAAAAACAAAACUAAACAAAAAAAACGUGCCAUCUAACUCCUUGUAUGUCUCUAACGGAUGUUGGACUUUCCCCGUCAUACACAUGUUCCGUCCACACCAAUAGUCUCUGGAGAAACGACACGAUGAAUUCUGUCAAACACAAGAUGUUUUUGUUGUUGUUGUUGUUGUUUUUUUUUGUUUUUUAUAGAGAACUGAAUUUGAAAUGUAAGCUGUAGCAUCUCUUUUUAAAAGAAUGUAAAGUGCAACAUGCAGGUUUGUAGAGUCUAAGGCAUGGCAACCGCUGCAUCGAAAACACACAACACAGCAGACACACAACACGGUACACCAGUGACCUCCUAGGAAAUGAGCUUGAACCAAAUAGAGCUGCAGAAAUUAGCAUUUCGUGCUCUUUGAAUCACUCAGUCGGGACACAGGCUUUGUGAUCCUGGAGCCACCACGUUGCAACAAGCCAAGUGUUGCAACAUGGUGGUGUUGUGGCUCCAUCACAGGCAUAUUGUGUUAUGUGUAAUGUGUGGAGGCUGGGAGGCACAAAAAGGAAAUGGAGUUUCUAUAAGCAUAAAUAUUUUACUUUUGGAAGCAUUAAAUUUAGCUCAUGUGGUGUUACUUCCCCCCUCCUGGAAAGAUCAAACCGGCCAUUUUAAUGUGUGCGAUUUCAAACACUGAUGUGUAGUUUAGACCUUUGAAGGAGCGGAACAUUAUGAUGUCACUGAGCGCUGUCCCUGGAGUCAGAACAAGAUUAUCUGGCCUUUGCAUUAUCGCAGUAAUUCUCAACCAAGUGUGUUUGCGUCCCAUUAGGUGCGCGGGUGGUUCGCAGAAGGUGUAGUACACGGAAAGAAUCUUAAAAUAAUAAAUAAAAUAAACACGCAAAGACAAUAAAAUAUAUUUUAUAUAUUUUACUACCCAUAGCAUAGCUGCAGUACAAAAGAAAAAUCUUCUGUCACUGUAUGUGGUCCAAGGCUGAAGUUUAAACAAAAAACAAAUUAGAUCUGAGAAAAGUCAGAUGUGAAGUUCUUUCUGCAUUUGAGAAACUGCCAAAGGGGGAUGUGAACCACAUGAAUUCAGAUUUUAUAAAUUUAAAUAUUUCAGUGCUAUAGAUUCCACCUGAAGAAGUAGACUCAAAUUGCAACAUGGGAUUCUCAGUAAUAGUUACAUUUUUAGAAGAAGGCAUUGGAGAUAUAUAUAUAUAUAUAUAUAAAAACCUUUUUUGCAUCCACAUUGUCAGCAGGAAGGUGAACAGCAGUACAGCUAUUGGUUAAUCCAUAUUCUUUCUAUUGUUAACACAAUGCAUCGCGCAGACUUGUGAAUAGGCUACAGCAUGUAUCUACGAGGUGAUGUAAAUAGUAGCAUGUUUUAAAGAGGAACCAUAAUUAUAUUGUGUAUGUGUGUUUGUGUCCUGUGUCAUUUUUUGAUAAUAAAAACGGAGUUAAAAAAAAAGAAAAAAAAAGUGUGCACUGACUGCAAAGUGUAUGUAUUUUUGUUGAACGGGACUGAGUGAAUGUCUGAGGUAUCCGCAGGCUCCUUGAACGCCUCGUUUAAAAGCAGGGCUGCUUCGCGUGUCACAAGAAGCAAACUCCCCUAUGACUCCACAAUACUGCAUGAUCGACUGAUUUCCUGUCGUCGUCUGUGUCCUUUGUGGUAAAUGCAGUGUUCUUGGGCUACAAGUCAUGUAAUUAUUGUUCAUUUCUGUUUGCACUUGUUGGUUGCUAACCAGUAGACUGUACAUAUUAAAAGAACAACAGGAGAAUAUCGGCGGGCUCCUUUAUUUUCAAUCUCAGUGCACCGUAAAUGUUUCCCUCAUUUCUUCCUGCCAUAUCGGUGUCAAGUCUUAAUUGAAGAUAAAGCAGAUCCCUCGACUGACUUGUGGCCCUUGAUUUUCUUUGUAGUUCAUCAAAUUGCACCUCCUUAUCUUAUUAGAAAAAUCGUCUUUGUGUAUAAAAUCUAAUUUGUUUUCAAUUAAUUACACUGCAUUUUCAUUUAUUUAUUAUAUUAUAUUUAUUUUUGCAGCGUUAGCUCUGUGAACUGUCAUUACAGUAUAUUAUUGAUGCUGUCCUCUUAAGUGGCUCCAGUCUAAUAACUAAGCAAUCAAUACUCUUUCCAUUACAAAUGUCACUUUAUGAAUGAAUGCAGCUUAAAAAAAAAUAAAUAAUAAUAAUAAUAAUAAUAAAAAAAAUGGGUUGCAUUUGGAGGAGCUGGUGUUGUGUCACUAGUGCAUGAUGCUCUGAGAUAUUAAUGUUGUGGCUGCCAUGACAUUUGUAAUGUGGGAUCUGUUUCCCCUCCGUCUGCUUUUUGACUCAUUAUCAUUUACUGUGAGACAAGAAAUCUUUAUUUGCAACAAUACAGCCGCAUGAAGAUGAAAAAUCCUAAUCUUCGUGACAGAUUACACUACAGCUAUGUCUCUGUGUUGGACGGGCUGAGGGGAAAAUUCAUUUGCUGGGUGUCAAUAAGCUCUUUUUCCGAAGAGCCAUCCCAAUUCAUCUUUUUUUUUUUUAACAAUGUAAAAAAACGUGCUUUGCUGAAUUUGACGUGUGUGCCAUACGUACAAUUUUCAGAUUUUGUGAUUUUGCGUAUUUACAAUAGGACCAACUAGGCCCCUGUUUGUUUGUCGGUGUCCUGUUCAUGGAUCAUAUCACUCCUCUGCAACGCAGGCAACAAAAUCUCUGUCUUCCUGGGUCUCACAAGCUGUGUCGAGCACAGAGCAGACCCGACAACUGCAAAAUCAACAUUUGCAAUGCAAUACUGCCAACCUGCUGCUUCAGUAACGGUUUCUCUAUAAUUAUGAUCUCUUCACGGUCAGGAAAAAAAAAAAAAAAACGGAACCUCCAAAGACCUGAUUGCCGUCCUCCUCAGCCGUGUUUUCACUUGCUGAGCAACACAGACCAAGGGAAAUGCUUGAAAGUCUUUCUUGAGUCUUGUCUUGUCUUGUUGUAGAGGUGUGUCAAUAGUUGUGCCUUUUUGUGAACUGCAUGAUUUAUUUCCUCAAUGAUUCCAUGUUUUCCAGGAAAAAAAAAGCAAAAUAAAAAGGCCAAGAAAAAAAAAAAAUCAAUCAAUGAAUCACUCUGUGUAGUAGUGAAGUACUCAAGGGAACCCAAAUGUGUGGGGUGUGGUCAGGACAUAUCUCUGUGGUGUUGUCAAACUGUAAUCAUAGGAAAUAAAAGAAUUUUAAGUA